UAUUCAUAGUACACUCUCGUUGAAAUUAUGGCAACUGAAACAGACUAGUAUCCUCUAAAAAACUUAACCUUUGUUCAAGUGUGAUCCGAUGAAAAAUGUUUUCACCCUUUUUUUCUAGAUCAUCGGCCUAAAUUACUAACAUAUGUACUUGGAAAAAUAUUUUGUCUUCACAGAAGGUCUGAAUCAUCACGUACGGAUUAGGGUUGGAUUGGCACGAUGUAUGUAAAUUAUCGAGCCGACCGCGGGCCAGAGACAACACACAAACUAUUUUAAGAGUCACUUCAACAUCUGAUUGCUCAUGCAUUUCCUACGUAAACACAGAGCUUUUAGCCCUCAAGAAGUUUUAAAUGUUUUGUAGCCAUCUAGCAGUGAAGACGGUUUCCGUUCAUGAACGCGUGGCGUGGUGGAAUUCAAAACCGUGGAGUGGCGUUGAAAAUUUCGGACGCUGGAAAGUUUCGGUGGGACAACAGCGCGAACGCAGUUUUUCUCUUCAAGGGAACAUGAACUACUUUUGGAAAUCUGUUCGCGCCGUGAGCUUCUUGCUUGCGUGUUUUGCUGCCAAUUUUCCAAUGUUGGAUGCCACGAAGACACUAUACAUAGGAGGUUUAUUUCCAAUGAGUGGUUCCUCUGUAGCUUCGGCAGGAAAAAUAUUUCUUCCUGUAAGCGAACUGGCAAUUGAUAUGGUGAACAACCGCACCGAUUUGUUAAACGGUUACCAAUUGCAGCUCAUAUGGAAUGAUACACAGUGUGACCCAGGACAUGCGACAAACGCGCUGUUUGAGUCCCUUCACACCAGGCCCCCAAUGAUAAUGCUCCUAGGGGCUGCUUGUUCAUCAGUGACCCGAGCCACCGCACAGAUCGGCAAGCUCUGGAAUCUUGUACAGGUGUCAUAUGCCUCUACUGCCAGCGAUCUAUCCAAUAAGGAGAAGUAUCCCAUGCUAUACAACAUUGUACCACCUGACUCUGCAUAUAACAACGCAAGGAUAGCUUUCUUAAAGCACUUCAAGUGGAAGAGAAUUGCUACUAUUCGACAAAAUAGUUACGUCUUUGAUGAGGUUAUGGACAUGCUCCAAGAAGAUCUUAUAAACAAUAACUUCGAUCUUAUAGCCACAGAACUGUUUAAUGACGAUCCUAAGAUUCAGGUUGAAAAUCUGAAGAAGAGAGACGCCCGCAUCAUUGUUGGGAUGUUCUACGAAGACAAGGCUCGGAGGGUUUUUUGCGAGGCAUACAAACAAGAAAUGUACGGAGAGCACUACAUGUGGUUGAUAAUGGACUGGUACGACAACAAACCCUGGUGGCUCGUUAAAGAUGAUAAAAUUGAUUGCACAGAAGGACAGAUGAGAAUGGCGACCGAUGGCUACUUUUCCGUUGAUAGUGCACGGAUUAUUUCCAACGAGGAACCCACUAUAUCAGGAAUGACCUCCGAGAAAUUUCUACAAACCCAUGUCAAGCCAAGUGGAAACAACACAGAUCUUUAUGUUCCCUUCGUGUUUGACUCCAUGUGGGCGAUUGCUCUCACAUUAAACAAGUCUAUGAGUGAAAUCCGCAAAACCUUGAAAAGAUCUCUAGAAGAUUUUACCUACCAAGACAGUGGCAUGGCGCAAAUUUUCAAGCAAACGUUGAAAAACCUGGAAUUCCAAGGGAUUACGGGAAAAGUGACGUUUUCAAGUAAAAGGGAAGGAACGAAGCCCUCAUACAUAAAACAAAUGCAAAACGGAAUUUCGAAGAUAUUGGGCACCUACCACCCUGAUACCGAUAAAAUCGUGUUGGAUGGUGCUCAAGUGUUAUGGAAAGGUGGCGCUCCUCCAACUGAUGGCAAAGUUACCAUUUAUGAGAUACAGCACGUUUCUACGCCACUGUUUUGUGUCAUCGUUAUUUUGACCAGCGGAGGCAUUUUAUUGGCGGCGUACUUCCUGCGAUUCAAUUUUGUUCGACGAAUGCAACGCCAUAUCAAGUUAUCAAGUCCAAACCUUAACAACGUGAUAAUCUUAGGAUGUGUAUUGAUCUACAUAUCUGUUUAUAUGAUCGCCAUCGAUGGUAAAUUGGCGGACACCAGCACACUAACGGGCCUGUGCAGGGCUCGAGGUUUUCUCUUGUCCGUUGGUUAUAGUCUAGCGGUUGGUGCAAUGUUCUCAAAGCUGUGGCGAGUGUAUCAGAUUUACAGCAACUUUAGACCUAAAGAAAAGACACUCAAGUAUAAGGAACUUAUUUGUUUCAUGGUAGUUCUGGUACUGAUUGACAUAGUUGUAAUGUCUCUGUGGAUUGGAGUGGAUACACCUGAGAUUGUUACAACUGACAUACAGUCGCAGAUUAAGGAAGAACCUCAUUUUAGAAUUAUACCACAGGAGCAAUACUGUACUUCCAGAUACUUCACCACUUGGUUAUACAUUCUGCUCGGCUACAAAGCUCUCUUAUUGGUGAUUGGAUGCUUAAUCGCAUGGGUCACACGUGAGGCAAAAGUCCGCCUGCUCAAUGACUCGCGUUACGUGUGCAUGAGUGUGUAUAAUAUAAUACCUUGCGCUCUGGUGGGUAUACCGCUGGCCUUCCUGAUUGAUGGUCACAUUAACGCGCUUGUGGCGUGUGUCUCGUUUUUUCUGCUCCUUCCUACAACAGUGACACUUUGUUUGCUUUUUGUACCGAAGAUUUUGAAGCUCAAAAAGAAUGCGGAGGAGCAAUUUCGGAUAUCUGCUCUACAAUGUCCUACACGAAACGUAAUGGAAGUAAACUACGAUUCGCUUGAUUCAUCUCAUUCCGUCAAUGAUCCCAGUGCGGAUUCAAAACUUCAGGAAGAGAUAGCCACGCUCAAGAAAGAAAUACGUGCAAUUAAACUUAAACACGGAGAAAAUGCAAUUCCAAACCUGUCGGUUAGAAUCGCCGACCCCGUUGAAAAUGGUCGGGAGGGG